AUGCUAGUCCCUGCCUUCCUGCCCCAACUACCUCUGCCAUCCCUGCCGCUGCCUCUGCUGCUGGGACUCACAGGAGGGGCAGGUGAGAAGGAGCUGCAGGUGAUUCAGCCUGAGAAGUCAGUGUCGGUCGCCGCUGGAGAGACGGCCACUCUGCCCUGCACCCUGACCUCCCUGCUCCCUAUAGGGCCCAUCUUGUGGUUCAGGGGGACAGGGCCAGGCCGGGAGCUAAUCUACAGUUCGAAAGGAGGCGAUUUCCCCCCAGUAACAAGAGUUUCAGACUCCUCAAAGAGAAACAACACAGACUUUUCCAUCCGCAUCAGUAACAUCACCGCAGGAGAUACCGGUACCUACUACUGUGUGAGGUUCCGGAGAGGAGACCCUGACGAGGUGGAGUUUAAGUCUGGACCAGGCACCAGGGUGUUUGUGCAUGACGUCCCCGUGUCAGUUGAUGGGAACGCCAUUAUUCCAGGUAGCUCAGAGCACAGGGCCCCAGGCACCGUGGCUGGGCCCCAAUGA